CAGGCCCAUGUGUCUACUGAGUGACCCACAAGGAGGCUCAUGGUCCUGCUCUCCAUGCCCCGCAGGUAGGUCCCAGGCCAAGGCAGGGAUGACUUCGGUGUGGCAGGGUCUGGGAGUGGCCAGAGGCCGCAGAAGCCGCCAGAUGCUGACGGAGGAGAAUCAGAGCCCAGAGCCGGGCCCGCGGAAGCCACCGGCCAGCUCUCUGGACAGCCUGUGCACCCGCCUGAGCAGACGCCUGCCCCUGAGUGUCCUCGACGCCAACUUUCAGGACGGGCCAUCCUGGGAGCCUCUGGAAGGCUCAGAGAGAUCACAGGGGGCCGGCCGCUCAGCCAGGAAGGCCUUGGGAUCUGUGGCUCAGAAAAUCCAGAAGUCAUACCAGGGAGGCAGCCAGAGGAGAGAAACGGGCCAUGGCCACGGGGGGAUCCCACACCCAACGAGAAGGAGGAGGAGGAGUGCCGGGCUGUCAGGGGCUCCCUCGCCAGGCUCUGGGGCCAGAUGGCGGACCCCCACCCCUUCAUCCCAGGGCUCAGGGCUGAGAAGGCUCUCCAGAUGGAUCACCAAGGACCCCCUCCUUCCUCUGCGGAGGCGCUCCCAGCGGGAAGCAGCCCUCCGCAGCCCAUAUUCAUCCCCAGCUCCUCUCUGCUCCAUGAGAGGUGGGUGCUUGGAGGAGGAAGAGGAGGUGGAGUCUGUGGCCGCGGGCAUCCAGCAGCUGAAGCGCCUGUCUCAAGCCUUUGAUGAGGCCAUCGCCACAGAUGAGAGGAAACAAGCAAUAGGGCGUUACUGCCUGCUCAUGACCCAUAACCUGAGGGCCGUGAGCCAGUCUGAGAGGCGCCCCUGGACAUCUGGACGGAGGCGCCCAUGACUGGUGGAUUGUGGCCACCGACGUUAAGGUGUGAUCCCCUAGAGAGGAGGGUGGAUCCCUGGCCAGACACCCACAGGGCAUUUCUCCAGCUUGGGCACCCACAAACCUCACGUUUGGACUGAAGCUUCUUCCUUGCCUCCAGAGGGCUUCCUCUGCAAACCCACUCCCACCGUGGGCAGAAAGGGGCUGCUGCCACAAGGUGGCAUGCAUGGGCACGUGCAGCAGCAGCUGCGCCCAGCCAUGGAUGGUGUUACUGCCAGGCUGGGCUUGGAGGUACCCCCUAUACCCACUCCCAGCCCCCAGGCUGGCUCCACCCUUGCCUGUCCGCCCAGGCUUGACUUGCUGAUUUAGGGUUGAUAGACCCUGCCCCUUGCUUCAACUCUGUGUGUUAAAAACCACUGCAGCCCGGCACUGCCUUGGCCUUCUAUCCCCUAUUGAUAAUAAAUUGUUUCUUCUUUCCUA